AUGGAGAUUGCUUUGGUGAGUUGCGAGAACGGUGGAGCCCCAGCUGUAGCUGGCAGCACAACAGCUGAGGAUGGAGCUACAACCACCACCAUGCCAGGCAGCACAACAAGCAGAGAUCUGCUUCAAAUCCCCAGGGCACCAUCUUGGCUGAAUGAUUACAGCCAAGGGAGAGAAGAAGUCGGUGGGGAAAGCUGCCAGCAACCACCACAACAUCAUCAUCAUCAGAAGCAGCAACAGCGGCAGCAGCAAUAUCAGCCACCAGGGACCGGGCAAGCAGGAGGAGGAGGAGGUGGUGGUGGAGGUGGAUGUGGAGGAGGAGGUGUGGGCGAACGCUUGCAAAGCAACGACAUGAUCAUGAGCUAUCCUGGCAGUAACAUCAAGGACUGUAAUGUAGACACGGUGAUCAGGUUGGAAGAGGAGGAGGAGGAACCCCAUGCUCAUCAUCACCACCACAACCUGCCUGAGGAGGAGGAGGACCACCACUUUGACCUGGGUAUCAUGGACCACGAAAAUAACCAAAGGGUCAUCAUCAACAUCGCUGGUUUGAGGUUUGAGACCCAACUGUCUACACUCAACCAGUUUCCGGACACUUUGCUGGGCGACCCUGAGAAGAGGAUGAGGUUCUUUGACCCUCUGAGGAAUGAAUACUUCUUUGAUCGCAACAGACCCAGCUUUGAUGGUAUCCUCUACUUCUAUCAGUCUGGUGGCAAGAUCAGGCGGCCAGUCAACGUUUCCAUUGAUGUUUUUGCAGAUGAAAUUCGCUUCUAUGAGUUGGGUGAGGAAGCCAUGGAGAGGUUCAGAGAGGACGAGGGCUUCCUUAAAGACGAGGAGAAGCCUCUUCCAAAGAAUGAGUUCCAACGCCAGGUAUGGCUUAUUUUUGAAUAUCCGGAGAGUUCUAGUUCUGCUAGAGGUAUUGCCAUAGUCAGUGUGCUUGUCAUCCUCAUCUCUAUUAUCACCUUCUGCCUGGAGACUCUACCAGAGUUCAGGGAUGAAAACGAGCUGCCCCCGACGCUGUCCAAGGUGCUGAACGACACCCAACAGCCUACUCCCCCCAGUGGCCUGACAGAUCCCUUCUUCAUCAUAGAGACUACCUGUGUCAUAUGGUUCACAUUUGAAUUACUUGUCAGGUUCUUCGCUUGCCCUAGCAAAUCUCACUUCUCCAAGAACAUCAUGAACAUCAUUGAUAUUGUAGCCAUCAUCCCUUACUUUAUAACGCUUGGGACAGAGUUGGCUGAGCAACAGACUAACAAUGGACAGCAGGCCAUGUCCUUAGCUAUCUUGAGGGUCAUCCGUUUAGUAAGGGUCUUCAGAAUAUUUAAGUUAUCCAGGCACUCAAAAGGACUGCAGAUCUUGGGACAGACUUUGAAAGCCAGUAUGAGAGAGUUGGGUUUGCUAAUAUUCUUCCUUUUCAUUGGAGUUAUACUAUUUUCCAGCGCAGUCUACUUUGCUGAAGCUGAUGACCCAGAGUCUCAUUUCUCUAGUAUCCCUGAUGCUUUUUGGUGGGCAGUAGUUACUAUGACUACAGUGGGCUAUGGAGACAUGAGGCCAGUCACUGUUGGGGGCAAAAUUGUGGGCUCCUUGUGUGCCAUUGCUGGUGUACUCACUAUUGCUUUACCUGUCCCUGUCAUUGUUUCAAACUUCAAUUACUUCUACCACAGAGAGACUGAUCAUGAUGAGCAAGUGAUUUUAAAAGAGGAACCUAGUAGUGCUCAGGGUAGUUGUGCUGGAGAUCUAAAGAGGAGUCCCAGUAAAUCUUCACUCAACAAGUCUAUAGUACACUUGGAAAAUGUUGAGGGCAUCAACAAUGGAACUGGUACCAUAGAAAAGACUAACUUAAAAGCCAAGCGUAAUGUGGACCUUAGGAAGUCUUUGUAUGCGCUGUGUCUGGAUACAAACAGGGAAACAGACCUGUGAGGUCCUCCUGCUCAUCAAAAUCAACACAAACAGAGCCUAAAUGA